AACGAGGUAGCUUCGCAGCACGAUGCUGCAUUAACCGCGAUGCACUGAUUUCAGUUCAGUUGGCCGUGAAAACGACAGGUGCAGGUGCUUUGUGCUGUUCUUCUAAAAUGCGCAAAACGCUGAUUUUUUAUAUAGUAAACUAAUACUUUUAAUCUCGAAUGUGAUGUGAGAAAAAGCGUGCCAUUGUUUCCAUCGUGGGAAAUGAGCGUUCACAGCAGCGCCAUCAUGUCUCCUGCGGCGCAUCUCAUCCAGCGAGCGCUCAUCUGUUCUGUUCUUCUCUGGAUGUCGACGGCGGUCAUGACUCGAUCCUCCUCAACAUCUGAUCUUAAAUCCAAAAUAUCUGGUGUGGAAGAACUGCUGGAGGAGUUCCGUAAGCAGCUACAGCAGGAUGAGUCGGACUCGAGGGAGGAGGAGGAGGAUGGAGACCGCUGUAUCAGUGGCUUCAAGGCGGCGGAGGAGCGCAUCAUCCGCGCCAGCGCGUCCAUCGAGCAGGGCGCCGCGUUCUUGUCCGCCCCGCAGAGGGUGUUCAGCUGGAGGGACUGCGCGCACGCCUGCUGCUCUCACCCGCACUGCACAGCCGCCAUCAUCCAGGAGGACCUCAAGCAGCCCGAUGACAGUUUGCGCUGUUAUCUGUUCAACUGCACGUACAGGGGCAGGAGUGUGUGCUCGUUUUCCUUUCAGCCGGGAUUCAGCACCUACAGUCGGGUGAACAACAGCUCUAGACCCCAUGAGCCCGGACGGGGUCCUACUGCUACUGACAGUCCGAGCACUACAGCCGGGAGACCUUCAUAUGGGAUCGAUGAGGACGUCAGUGAUGCGGGGUGGGUUUCUUCGAUUGUAGUAACGUUAGUCACGGGCCGCGCGUACUGAAUGGGUCGGGACAAAAAUGACAACGAAAGUUUAGGUCUUCAUGUUACCCAGAUACAUAUAUAUAUAUGUGUGUGUGUGUGUGUGAGGAUUGCUGUGACACACCCAGGCCUGCUGAAACUCAGUGGUCUUAGAGAAGGAAUUUAUACCUUUGAGCUGACCGUUACCGACACGGCGGGACAGAAGAGCUCUGACAAUGUGUCUGUCAGUGUGCUCGCCCCUGCACCAAACGCAGAAGUGUGUACAGGUCACUGUUCUCGGUAUCAGUUCAUGUGUGAUGAUGGCUGCUGUAUAGACAUUGGUUAUGCCUGCGAUGGAAAGCAACACUGCCCUGACCGAUCAGAUGAAGAUUUUUGCCAAAAUUUUGAUAGUGGUCAUAAGUCCAACCCCCCCUCUAAACAUGGACCAGAUGUACAAACUGAAGCAGAUGCCCAGGCACCCACAGAAAUACAGCUCAAUGAUUUCCCUAAACCUGAAGAACAUCAACAUUAUGGCUUCAUUUCCCAAGAUCCCUGUGCAGCGUUCCCAGUGGUUGGCCCGUGUAAAGGCAUCUUCCCACGCUGGUAUUAUGAUUCUAAAACAGGAGAUUGCCAGCACUUCCAGUAUGGCGGCUGCAAAGGAAACCACAACAACUUCCUCCAGAAGUCUGAUUGUGUAAAUGAAUGCAUUCAGAAACCAACAGUAACAAAACAUCAGGCCACUGCAACUCCGUUAACCAGUGUGAAAACAUACACAUCUCCCAUUGCGUUUGUCCAUAACGAAAAACUGCAAAAUCCUCUCACGGAGUCUCAGAGUUCACUGCUAUCAUCUAAAAUACAUCAUGUACUGGAAGGACACCCACCCCCUGAAUCAGGUGCGAUCUUACCCCUGGCUUUGGGUCUGAUCAUCAGCGUUCUGCUCUUACUGAUGGUGGGCUGCAGGCUCUGGCUUGUACGUCGCAGACUGAAGAAAGCUUUGCCUCUCACCACAGAAGAGUCUGAUUACCUCAUCAAUGGCAUGUAUCUGUAGCACAACAGCCACCUGCCAAUCAACCCUCCAAUCUGCUGCACCAUUUGUGUUACUGUGUGUGUAGAGGACACAUAAGUUGUCAAAAAAUCUAAUGCAUGGCUAGCCAACCCUGCUCCUGGGGCCGGUUGCACCAGCUGUAUGUAAGUUACA